CUCAGUUGACGGUCACACAGUGCGCACCGAGCUGCGUUUUUCGUUGAUAAUUUUUAAAUUUAUUUAUUAGUUUAUUGGUUGGAAACAGAGUUGCCCCCGACUGCCCGCUGACCCCACCCGGGCACCCUCGGUCCAACUUCCCCCGCUUCAACCGACCAUCGGGUAUCGAUAUAUCCGCCUGACGGUAAUUGGAGAACGUUUUUUCCAUUUUAUCUCCACCUUGUCCGCACUUCGUUUUGUGCUCUCUUUGUGCGCUGCCUCCGCUUAACAUUUGGGCCCAAACUAAAGCCAAAGCAGAAAGCCCCGCCGUGUGUGCCUGUGAAAUUGGUUUAAUACCGCCCAAUGGGCCAAUGGCUAAAAUGCAAUAAGAAUAUGUGUGUGCAAUAAUAAUAGAGAACGGGGUGCCCCAAAACAUGAAAAUGGUGCUAGACGCUCCUAACGCCGUGCCGAGCUGGCAUAUUUUGCUUAGCGACGCCGUCGGCGUCGUUUUUUCCGGCCGCGAACUCUGCGCGAGGAAUUUACAACAAAAACAAUGAGAAAAAGAAAUGGCCCUGUCUAAAUGACGUCACAACAAGCCUAACAGAGUGCAACAGACAACAAUGACCGAUGAGCAUAAAAGUAACAUUAACAGUAACAGCAGUAACUCCAGCAACAACAAUAACAGCAAUAACAACAACACGGCAAGUAGCAGCAGUAGCAGUAGCAACAACAACAACAACUGCAACGAGAGCAGCAACAACAACACCAGUAGCAUAAUUGCAGAGGCGGCCGCCAAGUUUCUAUUGAAAAAUGGCCUGAACGGGAGCAGUAGCAGUAGCUUGCCCCCUCUGCCGCCGCCCCUGCCCGCAAGCUUAAGCAGGACGACCACGCCCACGUCUACGCCGACACCUACGCCUACACCCACGCCCACGCCCUUAUCCUGCAGCUCCACCCCCUCAAAUGGCUUUUUGCCGCAUGCCAAGACGCCCAAAAGUAGUAGCAUUAUGGCUGCGUCGGCCGCAGUGGCAGCCACCAUCGUUGGAGCUACUGCGUCCAAGCCCAGCAUUGAUGUCCUGGGCGGCGUCCUGGACUACAGUUCCUUGGGCGGAGCAGCCACUGGUACACUGCCCACCACUGCAGCAUCAGCGGGAACAGUGAAGAUCGCCAAGGGUAGCAACUCCGGCGGCAGCUUUGAUAUGGGCAGGACUCCAAUAUCGACGCACAGCAACAGCAACAACAGCUGGGGCGGCUAUGGCGGCCGUUUGCAGUUUUUCAAAGAUGGAAAAUUCAUAUUGGAACUGGCACGAUCCAAGGAUGGCGACAAGAGCGGCUGGGUCUCGGUCACGCGCAAGACCUUCCGCCCUCCAUCGGCGGCCACCUCGGCCACUGUGACCCCGACGUCGGCGGUGACCACAGCGUAUCCAAAGAACGAGAAUUCCACAUCGCUGAGCUUUUCGGAUGACAACAGCUCGAUACAAUCUUCGCCCUGGCAGCGAGAUCAGCCCUGGAAGCAGUCCCGACCCCGGCGUGGCAUAUCCAAGGAGCUGUCUCUCUUCUACCAUCGGCCAAGGAACAGUGUGCUUGGACGGACUGCUCUCCGGACAGCCUCGCGAAAGCGGCGGCGGCCUCAUGAGCCGUUAUCCAGCAGCGAGGAACAGCAGCCGAUGUUCGAGGCGGCGCUCAAGGCGGAGAACGGCGACGAUACUCUUAAGGCGGAAGCUUCGGAGGCCGUAGGAGAAGGCGCUCCGUCGGAAACAUCCGCAAAUGAGAUUACAAGUGACAAACCGGAAACGAUCAAAUGCGAGGAGGAUGCUGAAGGGCCCGAGAAGGAGCCCAAGAAGGAGGGUAAAGAUGAAAGCGAGUCAAAAGAAGCGGCGUCCACCCUAAAGGAUGAUGCCAAACCAAAAGACGAGACUGUUGAGAAAAUGAAUACGAGCGAGGACGAGGAAGCCAUGACGGCGCCACCCAGCGUAAACACGAUUCCCGUGAACGGUGACCUAAACGGCGAGCUGAAGGCAAGGGUUGGGAAACCAAAGCCGAAACCGCGGGCCAAGCUCAACAGCAUCAUCCAGAAACUAAUCGAUGGCGUGCCAGCACGCCUGGAGCAAAUGACAAAGACACCAGCGGCAGCAGCCACAACGACUACGGCGACGGCAGAGCGAAGCGGGGGCGGAGCCAUCGGAAGUCUUGGUCACCCCUUGACUCAUAAGGUUUCUCCGCCUUCGUCGGGAUCAGCAGCCAGCCGUCUAGUCGAGUACCACCACCAGCACGUUUCACCCAGGAAGAGGAUUCUACGCGAAUUCGAAAAGGUGUCAUUGGAGGACAACGGAGGCGUAAACAACGGUAGUGGUGGUGGAAGCAGCGGAGGAGCCGGAGGCAAGCGAAGCCGCGCAAAGGCUUCUUCAACCUCGUCUUCGGCUGGCAAGGCCUCGCCGAUGAAUCUGGCCCCGCCCCAGGGAAAGCCGAGCCCCAGUCCCGGCUCCAGCUCAUCCAGCACUUCACCAGCGGCAGCAACUACGCAGCCCACGCGACUGAACAGCUCCUACAGCAUACACUCGCUUCUAGGUGGGAGCAGUGGCAGCGGCAGCUCAUCCUCCUCAUCCGGCAAAAAGAGCGGCGAACACCCGGCGGCUAUAAUCAGCAAUGUGCAUCACCCGCACCACUCCCUAUACCAGUCCAGCUCCUCGAGCUAUCCACGAGCUCUGCUUACCUCGCCCAAGUCGCCGGAGGUGAGCGGCAGCAAUGGAGGCGGCGGAAAGUCUCCCUCGCACGCUGGAACUAAGAAGCGUUCUCCACCGUACACGGCAGGAUCGCCGCUGCCAGUGGACUAUGGUCACUCCUUCUACAGGGAUCCCUAUGCCGGAGCAGGUCGCCCUUCCACAACGAGCUCGGCGUCGCAGGACCUGUCGCCGCCCCGCUCCUCGCCAGCAUCGCCCGCCACGACGCCGCGCACUGUGCCCAAAAAGACUGCAUCGAUCCGGCGCGAGUUCGCCUCGCCGUCAGCCAGCAGCAGCAGCUGUCCCUCGCCCGGAGAUCGGAGUGCCUCGCCUCCGGACCGGCGGCACUUGCAGCAGCAGCCGCACCUGCAGCGCAGCUCGCCGCUGCACUACUACAUGUAUCCGCCACCGCCUCAGGUGAAUGGAAACGGAUCGGGCGGCAGUCCGACCUCGGCGCCAGUGACGUCGAGCAGCAGUGCAGCUGCAGCGGCGGCGGCAGCAGCGGCCGCCGCGGCCUACAUUCCCUCGGUGGUGUCGCCGUCGCUUUACCACCCUUACAUAUCCACUCUUGCGGCGCUGCGGCACAAUCCGCUGUGGAUGCACCACUAUCAGGCAGGAGCUUCGGCGCUACUGCCACCACAUCCACAAGCCAACAGCUCCGCGGCUGCCGCUGCUGCAGCUGCAUCUGCUGCUGCGAGACUUUCGCCCCAAUCGCCCUAUCACGCGUUCGCGUACAACGGAGUGGGUGCGGCCGCUGUAGCGGCUGCAGCAGCUGCCGCCGCCUUUGGACAGCCCGCUCCCAGUCCCCACACGCAUCCGCACCUUGGCCAUCCGCACCAGCAUACGCACCCGGCUGCACUGACCACCCACCACUCGCCCGCUCACCUGGCCACGCCAAAACUGACUGAUAGUAGUACCGACCAAAUGUCUGCAGCGUCCAGUCAUCGCACCGCCUCCACUUCGCCGAGCAGCUCGAGCGCAUCCGCCACUUCCGGCGCCAGCUCCUCCGCAAUGUUUCAUACUAGUAGCCUAAGGAAUGAACAAAGUUCAGACUUACCACUGAAUCUGUCAAAGCACUGAGACAUACACACGCCCCAGCUGCCCCAGUUUCUGGGCCAACCAUCGAGUUAAGUACAUUAUCGCACUAGUAGCGCAUAAGACGACAUUCAACUACACGUAACAUUAUUUCAUAGGCUCGCUGCUAAUUUAGUUUAAACCUAAUUGUUUUAGCCUAAGCCUAAUCGUAGGUUCACAAUUAAGGCCGAACAUUUAAAUAACAAAUACGAAAAGAGAAGAAAAACUACGAGGAAAAACUCAA